AUGCCUCUCCACCAGCGGACUUCUGCUAGCCCAUCUAAGAGGAGCAGCUCCUCUGUUAGGAGCUCUGUCUCCGCCAGAAGCACUAACUCUUCCUCCUCCUCCUCCUCCAAGUCAAGGGCCUUGACUGUGCAAGACCAUGACUACGAAUAUGAAUUCGAUAUUGAGUCCGAGCUGCGCGACGAUCUUCAAAAGGCCAACACAGAACUCAACAAAGCCAAUGCCGAGAACGACAAAUUGAGCGCCCAGAACGACAAGCUCAAGGCCACCAUCGAGCAGCUCACCCGCAAGUUGAACGAGUCCAAGACAUCACUCGAAGAGACAACCCGCAAGCUCAAUGAUUCUACAAUCUCAUGCCGUGAGCUCAAGGCCCAGAUCGAGGGUGUACGCUCUGAGGCUGAUGUCCUACGAGAGGACAACCGCCGUCUUAACACCGACUUCGAGGAACUCAAGGGCGAUAAGCGCCGCCUGAACAAUGAGUGUGAUGAACUCAAAGAGGAGAAGGAGGCCCUCAAGGAGGAGAUUGAGCGCGUCAAGUUCGAGCACCAUGAUCUUGAGCAGCGCUUCAUCGGUCUCCAGGCCAAGCACGAGAACCUCACCAUGCGCCACAAUGCUGUAAGCAGCCAAGCUCCCUCGUCUGCCAUGACGAGCCCCAUGUCCAGCCCAAUGCCCAGUCCUCUUCCUGCCCCUAUUCAGGAGGGCCGUAAGAACCCCCCCCGUCCUUCCAGCAAGGCUUCUAGCAAGGCCUCUAGCAAGGUUUCUACCAAGUCCUCCAGCAAGCGAGAGCCUCGCGAGGACCGCCACCGUGAGCAGGAGGAUCGACACCAGUCUGAGCGGGAGGAGAGCUCUCGUGAGGAACACACUCGCGAGAGACGUCACCGGGAUGAUCGCGAGCGCCGCGACCGCGACCGUGAGGAUCGAGUACGCCCCCCGCGCAGCGAGAAGCCUAAGGACAAGGAAAGAUUUGAGGCCAAGGAACGCUUGUCGAAGCGGUUUGAUGAGCGCCCUGCUGUAGCACCUCGUCAGACCAGCUUCAUCGAGCCAUGGGGUCCCGGAGGUUGGUCUCCUCAUUAUGAUGCCCCUUCAAGCGACUUUGACGCUUACGGCCAUAUGGCAACAGGACGCAAGGCCGCCAGUGUUGUGUCUAGCGGGGCUUAUUCCAAUGUCCCUCGCACGACCAGCAUUGUCAAUGGUCACUUCAGCAGCGACAGCAGCGCAUACGAUGAUGAGCGGUAUGAGGAUGGUUCUUACCAUGCCUACCCCAUCCCUAACUAA